AUGGACCGUGAUUCCGGUACCCACUUCGCUUCGAGCCCUGACGGCAAAGCUGCAGAGGCAAUCCGAGUCGCUGUCACCAGCGGCUCCACUACCGCGAGGACCGAGGCCCUCGAGCAGCUCGUACAGCUCGUCACUUCACGUGAGUACCUGCAGCAGGUACUUUCUUAGACGUCGGAAUGCGAAAAAAGCGAUUUGUUGACUCGAUGAUCCGCCCCUCAGGUCCUCUUAAUGAGGCUCAACUUCAAGACGUCGUGCGAAUCCUUCUCCUCACUCUCGCCUACACCGACGGGCGAACACGCCACCUCGCACUGCAGGCUCUCGAGCAUGUGCUUCUCCAGUCUCAUGAACAGCAGAAAUCGAGUCCAUCGGCUACCGCCCAUGGCCCACCACUUGUAGCCGGUCUCCUACGCUGGCUCGAAACCGAGGCCAAACGCGCUGAGAAAGGGGGUGCCGCUUCGUCUCGCUUUGUACCUCUUACAUGGGCCUGCAUCGUGUAUUCGACCUGGCCCGUUGGAGGGCAACGAGCCCAAAACGGCGAAUGGUCCAAUCUCGUUAAUUCGCUCGCCGCCUUGGUCUACUGUUUCCUCGACGGUCGCCAUGACGUCAAGCCUUCGCUGCGCAAAGCCGUGCUCACCGUGGCUCGCCGCGCCGUGCGGUCGGCGCCCAACGUUGUGCCCAGUCUGGUGCAGCUGCUCACCUCAGCCACAAGCAGUGCGACCGCUUUACGGAAUGCUCCGCUCCUGGGGCUCACCAUGGAUGUGGUGCUGCGGUUGAAGCCCAAGAAGGGUGUCGACACGUCCGCAAUCAUGAAACAGGUGCGGCCGGCCGUUCAAACCUUCUGGGCCCAACACGUUCUCGGGGCCAAGUCGCUUCCGCCAAAGCACGUUAUGCAUGCCUUUGACGAUUUCCUCGCCGCGACAGCCGGAGAUGAUGCUGCAGAACCGUCGUGGCUCGCCACGCUGGAAACAUCACUGUCGCAAAACCCGGAGGUCGGCAUCGCAUCCGUGGAAGCGUUGCUCUCGAAUCUACCCGAGUCGGUACUUUCAGCGACACAUUUCCGCGGACGGUGUAUCCCUCUGGUCUUGGCCUCGACCAAGUCGGCCGCGGUGGCAACUCGAGAAGCCGCGACGCAUGUAGGGUGCAAGCUCGUAGCGGGAAUCGAAUCGGCCUCCGCCGACGACGUCGGAAAGCUCCGCAAGUUCGUGCUCGACUCGACCUGUCAACUAUUGAAAUCGGGCAAGACGGCGUCUCCCGACCAUCGCGCGGCUCUGUACAUCAUCCUGUCGUCAGUCCCACCGUCCGAGGUGACCUCGGUCGAAAUACAAACGACCGCCCUCGCGGCGUUGUCCAAGGAGUCGAAUGAGCCCGUUGUGAGGGCCUUACUCCAGGCCGUCUCAAUCCAUGUGCCCUAUCUAUUGGCUCAAAACGUCGCGAUCGGCGCGUCACAGACCGGCUCCCUUGUCAAGGCGAUGCAAGAGACGAAAGCGACGACCCGCCGUGCAGCCCAUGCUGCCGUCGGGGAUGUAUUCUGGGCUCUAUCUCAAUCCCCGACCGAAAGAACAGAUGCGGCAGUCGCUUUCGCGACAGGGGUGCUUCCGGGAAUAGAGUCGGCCCUCAAAUUGCUGGGAUCGAAUCCUGUCAACGCUCCCUCAGGUCCGCUGGAAGGGUAUGUCGCCAUUGCUGUGUUGAAGAUGCGGCUGCGGCUAUGGGACAUCAAAAAGAUUGGUAAGGACGAAAGCCUUUUCCGCUUGGCUCUGUAGAUGUGUGCUAUGUUGACUGAUGUUGCGAUGCGCCACUCCACGCAGAGGACAUGCUCAAGGCCAACAUCACCAUGAAAGGCUUGCUCGUGGGUGGGGCGAAGCCGUCGUUUCUGCUCUGGGACAAGGUAUACCGCAAAGCCACCACGGCCGAAGAGGAGCUUUGGCUCCUUCGGGCUAUCGAAUCUGUCAUUAUUGCAGACGCCGCGACCGUGGAAAAGGAUGAUGCAUUGCAGUCUUCUCUCUUCCAAGUAAUUGCCCACCUCAUUCUGCACAGCAGUCACUUCGAAACGCGGACAGCCGCGACACGAACUCUGGCUUCCCUGCAGCGCACCUACUCGAAUUUGGUCCACUCGAUCGUUGGCAGAGGUUUGCUCGAUUGGAUCACUCAGGUGAGUAUCUGGACUUGCAAGCGGAGUCAAGCCGUCGCUCAUCGAGCCACCACGCUUUUCCCUGGCAGGAUCUCUCCGCAGCAAAGACCAAGCCGACAAGUGAAGACGCGCCGACGCCGGUAGACCUUGCACCUCGCUUUCGACCCAUUCUCUUGGCGUUGGCUCAAUUUGAAGACGAGGUCGAGCCCACGCAACGGGAGGAGCUAUUGACUCGACUCGUCGUUCUCGCCCACCAUCCCCGCAUCACUUCAGGGAGCUCUGCUGUUUGGGUCGACAUGCUUUUGCGCGCAGGCUUGGCUCCCGAGAGGGUUGUCGAGAACCGUGUGGAUGAACUUAUAUCGCUGGUUCUCACGAACGCUCCUGCCGAUGUCGAGGUUGGUCACCAACUUGCUCCCCCACUUGCCGUGGUGUCCCUUCUGACUUCCCGUUUGAUACAUCAUUCGCAGGCUAAAACCCUUCCCGAAGCAGCGUACGCGGCAGCUUCGUCACUCGCGUUGAUCAACCCCACCACCAUCAUACCCCGCUUGUUUAAGCAGUUGGGUGAGGAUCUCGAUCCGAAACAACUCGACUUCAUUGGCACCACGGAGUUUGGGAUCUGGUCGACAUCUGAAGGCACGACCUUUGUGGAUGGUGAGUGAUUGGGUGGGGCGGCGGGUCGUGUUGCCGAUAACUGAAUUACUCUCACUCUGCGCGCUCGCAACAGUGCUUGCGGCGGCAAAGGCGAACGAAAAGGGCACAGCAGCCAUCAAAAAGUCCAAGGAUCGCGAGAUUGAACUCUGGGAGGCUGAGUUGCGCGAGGCACUGGCCCGCAAGAAACCACAGGUCUCUACACUAUCCAAGGCCGAUCAAAGGAUCUUCGAGCAGCAACUUGUUGUAGAGGCCGACACUCGAAGAAAAAUGCGCUCCGCGUUGGGUCGAGUGCGUCGAGGAUUCAAGCUUUCAAUCUGCCUCGUGCAGUCGCAUGCAGAAUUGGUCAACGAGUAUCUCGCAUCCAUCAUCAGCGAAGUCCUGUCCGUCAUUGCAUCCCCCGCGGCUAGCCUCGUCGCCGAAGAUGCAUUCGACACAUACCUUCUACUUGGUCGCGUCUGUUCGCCUCGGCUCGGCUCCUUUGAAGGAGCGCUAGGUGUCGCUGUGCUGCGGAGCUUGGACGCGCCUGUCGUACCCGAAAGCUUCCGCGCUGAGCCCUUGUCUGCGCUGGUGACGCGAGUACUGUACCGCAUUCGCUUCCUCGCCGAAGAAACACCGUUCGACUCCGCAACCUUUGCUUACGCCGCGCCCCUCGUCAACAGCGCAACACGCGCCGUCGAUCUCAAAUCAGCGUCGCUCGAGUCCGUGCUCGAGCAAAUGACGCUUGCUUUGGACUUCCUAGCUUACCAUGCUCGUGCUUGCGCCGGGACGGCUUUCCCCCGUCUUGCCGUCAUCAACGAUAUCCUUUCCGUGUUGUCGUCCUUCCCUGCAUUGGCCCGCGCAGCGACCACCACCUUGGUCGACGUUUGCGAGGCCAUCAGGGACAAUGCGAGUGCCUUAGAGAUCGAGACCGUCCUGGCCGCGCUCAGGUCCGAGGAGACUUCGCUCAGAUUCGCGUGUUUGCAGGCGGUUCAACCGCUCGACUUGACCGACCUGGUCUUUCCGGCCAACCUUUGGGUCGCAUGCCACGACUCAGACCACCGAAAUCGGGAAUUAGCGGUCACGGCGUGGGACGACAACGCACUGGACGUCCCGGAAUCGUUUCUGGAGAUCCUCCUUCCUCUCUUAAGUCAUCACGCCGCAACGAUCCGAACUUCGGCCGCCGAGGCCGUCGUCGCUGCUCUUGCCACCCACCCUACUCAGUUAGACGAGACAAUCGCACAGCUGGCAGCAGAGUACCGAGACAAGGCGAAAGAGAUCGUACCGCAGUACGAUCAGUUCGGCAUGAUCAUCGAGGAGUCGCUGACAGCCGAAGACCCGUGGAAAACGCGCGAGGCGUUGGGCACGACCUUACGCUUGGCCGCGCCUUUGUUCGAACCGAGACACGUUCAGAGCUUCUUCGACCUUCUCAUUGACGAUAGCGCCCUCGGCGAUCGCAAACAAGCCGUCCGAUCAGAAAUGCUUGAGGCUGCGAUGUCAGUCAUCGACUUCCAUGGCGCGGAAAACCUCCAAGCGUUGAUCAACCGCUUCGAAGAGUUUUUGCGGCGCCCGAGCACGGGGGACGAAACGCAGGACUACACCUUCGAGUCGCUUGUCAUCCUGUUGGGCCGACUAGCGCGCCAUCUUGACCCUGCGGAUACACGCGUCAAGACCGUCGUUGCUCGACUUGUGGACGCUUUGAAGACACCUUCCGAGGUCGUUCAAGCCGCAGUGUGUGACUGCUUGUCUCCCUUGGCUCGAGUCGUCUCGGAUGAAGUUCCUGCACUCGUUGAUCAGUUGAUGGACGAACUUUUCCACGCGGAAAAGUACGCCGAGCGACGUGGUGCAGCCUUUGGGUUAGCCGGAUUCGUUCGAGGGCGAGGUAUCUCCACGCUGAGGGAGUUCAGCAUUCUGGGCCAACUGCGAGAUAAUGCGGAGGACAAGAAGUCGAUGCCAGCGCGACAAGGUGCCGUCUUCGCCUACGAGAUCUUGUCCACCGUCUUGGGCCGGCUGUUUGAACCUUACGUGACCGACAUCUUGCCAACGCUCCUUGCUUCCUUCGGUGAUACCUCUAGGGAGGUGCGGGACGCGACUCAAGAUGCGGCGAAAGCGAUUAUGAGUCAACUCAGUGGCCACGCCGUCAAGUUGAUGUUGCCGACUCUGCUCGAAGGGCUGGAUGAGAAGCAGUGGAGAGCCAAGAAGGGCGCGAUCGAUAUGAUUGGCAACAUGGCAUUCCUGGCCCCUCGUCAGCUGUCGCUCUCGUUGCCAACAAUCUUGCCCCGCCUUACGGAGGUCCUGAUGGACACGCACAAGCAAGUGCGCGAGGCGGCCAACUCGAGUUUGAUGCGUUUCGGCGAGGUAAAUACUUCCUCAGUGGGGUCUGGGUUAAUCGUACCGGUGGUAUCAUGUGGACGCUGACUUUUUUCUGUUUGCGCAGGUCGUUACCAACCCCGAAAUCCAAGUCAUGACAAGCACUCUGCUGGAUGCUCUCGUUGAUCCAGCCAAAAAGACAGCAAAGGCACUGGAUGCGCUUUUGUCUACGACUUUCGCUCAUUUCAUCGAUUCCUCGUCUCUUUCCUUGGUGCGUACAGACACGUCACCAAUCGCUACAUUGCAAGACUGACCUGCCUUUCACCUGGAUAGGUCGUGCCAAUUCUCGAGCGUGGAUUGCGCGAGCGAAGUGCCGACAUCAAGCGCAAGGCUUCGGCCAUCGUUGGCAACAUGGCCACAAUCACUGAGUCCCAAGAUCUUAUUCCUCACUUGCAGCAACUCGUCCCCCUACUGCGAGGCGUGUUGAUCGAUCCUGUCCCCGAAGCUCGCUCCACGGCGGCCAAAUCGAUGGGUGCACUCGUCGAACGACUAGGCGAGAACAACUUCCCCGACCUCGUCGAGAGCCUCAUGGCUGUCCUCAAAUCACCUUCGAGUGGUGUCGAUCAACAAGGUGCGGCGCAAGGGCUCGCAGAAGUCUUGCAAGCGUGCGGUAUCGACCGUCUCGAAGGAGUGCUGCCGACAAUCUUAAGCAACACGAGCAACCCGCGCGUUUACGUGCGUGAGGGUCACAUCUCGUUGCUCGUCUUCUUGCCCGCGACGUUCGGCGAGCGUUUCUCGCCUUAUCUCGGUCGUAUCAUCCAGCCCGUGCUCAACGGUCUUGCCGACGAUUCGGACUAUGUUCGCGAUGCCUCAAUGCGCGCUGGCCGUAUGAUUGUCGCCAACCAUAGCACAAAAGCGAUCGAUUUGCUGCUUCCCGAGCUCGAGAGUGGUUUAUUCGACCCCAGUUGGCGGAUUCGUCAGAGGUUAGUCGCACCGAGAUUGAUCGGUGUUCCUCUGUGAUGUGCGCGACUGACGUCUUGAACCGUUUACUUGCCUUCUUACAGUUCGGUCCAGCUUGUUGGAGAACUUCUCUUCCGAGUUUCUGGUGUCUCUGGUAAAGUGGACGGCGACGAAGAUGCCGAGGACGAUGUCGACGAGCCGAGUAUCGGGUCGGACGCCGCCCGCAAAGCUCUUCUUGAGACCCUUGGCCGCGAGAAGCGCGAUCGCGUUCUGUCUGGCCUCUAUAUUGUGCGCCAAGAUUCGGUCGGCGUGGUGCGCCAAGCGGCGUUGCAUGUUUGGAAGGCUCUGGUAUCUAAUACGCCUCGCAUGGUUCGCGAGAUCCUCUCGGUGCUCAGUAAGUCGUGCACGUCGGCAUCUCUCACGAUCUGGUCGAUCUUCUGACGUUUCUGUUGCCCCACCUACCUUGCCAGUGCAAAUCAUUGUCCGAAUUCUGGCAGCCCCAGGAGCAGAGCAGCGAGCGGUUAGUUUGUUUGGAUAUAUUUUGUUGUGGACAUGAACUGAUGGGUGAUCUUUCCUACAGACUGCUGCUACGACACUUGCCGAGACGUGCCGCAAACUGGGCGAGGCGGUUAUUGGCGAGGUUAUUGGCAUUCUUCGUAAAGCUAUGUCUUCCUCCGAUCGUCGCCAACGAGAAGGCGUCUGCUUGGCGCUUACAGAGUUGAUGGCCAAUACCAACCGAUCCUCGCUCGAAGCACACGAGAGCGCUAUCAUCGAAGCUGUGCGCAAUGCGCUCGUCGAUCCCGAGCCGAGCGUGCGUACUGCCGCGGCAAGGGCAUUCGACGUGGCCCAGCAAGUUAUUGGCACACGGUCAAUCGACGAAACGAUCCCGACGCUGCUUGACGCUCUGCAACAGCCGGGCGAGACGGCGGAUGCUGCCCUCGCCGCCCUCCAAGAGGUGAGUAAUAUUCUGAUGCAGGCGCAUAGCUGCGGCACAGUCCUCGUAAUGAGUACUAACACCAACUUCAUUGAUCCUAGGUCAUGCAAGUGCGAGCGGAGAAGAUCUUCCCUGUCCUGAUCCCUCGCCUCAUCGCGCCCCCAAUCACCGCGUUCAAUGCUCGAGCUCUCGCGGCCCUGGUUCGCGUCGCUGGUAGCGCGCUCGGUCGUCGACUUACGCAAAUUAUUGAUGCCCUUCAGCAUGCUCAAGGCGUUGAGUCCGAUAGUUCGACCGCAGGAGACUUGGACGACGCCCUGUCGGCCGUUCUUGGGUCGGUUGAGGAUCAUGACUCGGGCCUCGGAAGUCUUCUGAUGCAUAUGCUGUCACUCGCCAAAGCCGAAGCUCCGGCGAAGCGAGUCGUUGGCUGCAAUCUCUUUGCGCGCUUUUGCUCGGUCACGCAGGCCGACUUUGAUGAGUGAGUGGCCUUGACCUGAGGUCGAAGUUGCUGUAUAGAAGAGGAUGCCUGACGCCACGCUUGCUUGCACUGCCAACAGCUUUAAGGUCGAUUGGAUUCGUCAGCUCGUGUCGCUCUUGGACGAUCGGGCCCCUGAGGUAAUUGAUGCGGCUUGGGAAGCACUUGAUGCGCUUGUCAAGACAGUCGAGAAGGAUGAAAUGGAAGGCUUUGUCGUUCCAUUGCGCCGGACGAUCGAAUCGGUCGGUACGCCCGGUGUCGCCGUCGUUGGUUUCUCGAGGCCCAACGGCCUCAAACCCCUGCUGCGUCAGUUUUCCGGCUUGUAGCUGAAUCAAUAGCAAGCUAGGUGGCUGACGGGUACUGUUGGUCUGCUCAUUGUACAGCCAUUCUUCUGCAAGGCCUCUUGGCAGGGACGGGCGAGCAAAGGGAAUAUUCGGCUCACGCUCUGGGUGACCUCGUCGAGCGUACCGACCCCGCUGCUUUCAAGCCUUACACGAUUCGUGAGUUUCAGAUUCGACUUGCAGAAGCGAAAGACCGCCCUUGCCUAACGAUUUUCCGACCCCCUAAUGCCCUUCCCCGAUACACAGAGGUCGUCGGCCCGCUUAUUCGAGUGAUUGGCGACCGCUUCCCGCCGCCAGUCAAAUCGGCCAUUCUCUCUACUCUGACUGUCCUUCUCAACCGGGUUCAGCAGUUUGUGAAGCCCUUCUUCCCGCAAUUGCAGCGAACGUUCAUCAAAUCCCUCGCGGAUGCAAGCAGUCUCUCGGUCCGAAAUCGGGGCGUCACCGCUUUGGGCGUCUUGAUGCAACAUCAACCUCGUGUCGACGCAGUCGUGACCGAUCUGGUCAACUUGGCGACGACAGAGAGUGGCGAGAUCCGAGAUUCGGUCGUCAACGGUUUGGCCGCUGUCGUUUUCUCGGGUGGCAAGAAUUUGACUUCGGGACCCCAGGCGGCUUGCGUGGAUUUGGUUUCGCAAGCGUUCUCGGAGCACGGACGAGGUGAGUGUUCUCAUGAGUGUUCAAAUCUUGCUCUGAUCAAGUAUCUGACACCAGAGGCGUUAUCCCCUCCUCCAUUUAGAGCCUUACAAUCUCGCCAUCUCGCGCCUGCUCGCCGGCCUUGCGACCCACGACCCGAGCUCGAUUUCGUUCCUCGUCCAGUCCUUCCUGCUGGGAGAGCUUCCUUCGACUGCGCUUUCUUCGAUCGCGAUGCGUGAGCUGAUCGACACCGCCCCGCGAGUCUUGUAUGAAGUUGACCCCUCGGGGACGGUCGAGAAGGUGCAAAAGAACGCGGGUUCGGGCAUGGCGCCUGCGAUUGCACGACCAGCCCGGGAUACGUUGGCGUUGUUCAAGGAGCGCAGUCCGUGGUGUGAUGACGAGUCGUUGUUGGCUAGUUUGUAG